AUGCAGCCAACUUCCAACUCGACGAGGUCAUCAACCCCCAGCUCCUCCCAGGAAUCUGUACACGAUGAGAUCACCACAGUCCGCGAAACGCCAACUCCACCUCUCAGCGCUCGACUAUCUCCAGCACAACGUAGCCAGUCUUCUUUGAUGUCCACGUUCACCAAUGAUGUACAAAGCAGGCCUAUGUCACGCCAGGCGACCAGAACAUCACGAAAAUCGCCAACAACUGCUAGGCCGAAGAUUCUUCCGCUCCAAUCUGCAACUUCUUCCAAAGAAACCGUCUCACGGUCCUUCCGCUCACCCUCUGCAUCCAGUAGCUUUUACUACGUCAAGAAGCCACCCAUGGCAAGCGCCGUACCUCUCGGUUCAAGCGCUGACCCAGAGGACAUCAAAGAGUUUCUUGCCCUCGCUGAGCAGCGCCAGAAAGCCUUUGAGCCAAACAAGUACUCGUCAUAUGCCUGGCAAAUGUUUUGGUUCGUCAUGAUACUUUGCAUAACAUAUUUUGGCUUCAUCGGAUUCCCGAUUUGGGAUGGAAUAUGCUACUCGUUAUGGAAGUGGCUAAAGUUCGGUAAUCAUGUGACCAUGGGUGUCCUGAUCUUCUUUCUCUGGGGUGCCAGCAUAUCAUGGCUCCCGCAGCUUUUUGUCAAGUUCGAGAAAAACGCGGAACCACUCGAUCCUGAAAGUCCUGUGCCUCGGACCGAUGCAUCUGAAACCUGCCUCCUUAUCCCAGCUUAUAAGGCUGCGGGUGCCCUUCCGGAGACCAUUGAAUACGCAUUGAAGAUCUUCAAGCCGGAUCAGAUCUUCGUCCUCGCCAAUGGAAAUUCUCCCACGCCUCUCGACAAUGCAGAAGACGUAUGCAAAGAGUAUGGUAUCAACCACGCUUGGAUUCCGGUUGGUAGUAAAAUCAUUGCUGAAUUUGUUGGCGUCAUGCUUGCCAAGAAGUUCAAAUAUGCCAUGCUCAUCGACGAUGACGUCCAUCUCCCGGCCAAUCUUCCGAUCGUGACCGACAGAAUCAGUGACACGAAGGCACAUCGCUCCACCCAAGCCCAAGAUCUCGAAUACAAACUCUCUGGCCUGUCCAGACACUUCCAAGGCACAUAUGGUAGUGCUACAUUUCCUCAUGGCGCGAUCAUCUUGUGGAACCGCGAUAUUCUCGAAAAACUUUUCUGGGGCCACCCCGGAUACAAAAUCUCCGAAGACUGGUAUUUCGGUCACACUUGCAGAUCUGCUGGCUAUCGCAUCGAAUUCUGCUCGCAGGUCUUUGUCGAGACUGAGACGCCACCUUCCCUGUUCGUCCCCGUCAAGUCUACACGGGGCGGCUACGGAGAGAUGACUGUGUGGAAGCAGCGCUUCUACCGCUGGAAUUUCUUCUACCUUUAUCGUCUACGCGACGAUUUUAACUACUUGAUCUUCGCAUGGCGGCUUGGCCACUAUGAGUUCAUCACAAAAGUCUUUGUUCUUUCUGAGAUUGUAGAAACUUUCAUUUACUUUUCUCGGCCAUUCAUGCUACCGAUCGCGCUGUGGGUACAGCCCAAGAUGGUGGGCAUCAUGACCGCUGCGCUUUUUGGGGUUUACGUCGUCGGAGUGCUCUUCUUCAAUGCUGUCCACCUUCGCUACAAGAAAGAGAUGAUUGCCUGGAAAGUUGUGCCUGUAUACUUUUUGAUGAAGAUGGCGCUUACCUUUGUCAACACUGUUAGCGUGUAUUACUCACUUUAUGCGUACGCAGCAUUCUUCGCGCAUCGGCAUCCCCGAGUGACGGAGAGCUUUUCUGCACUCACGGCAGCUCAGUCAUGUUUGGACAUUGAGGCAGAAAAGCAGCGCGUCAUCAUUCGGGAAGAGAUGCUGGAAGUUCAUGAAGACGAAGAGCUAGAGCUAGCUAGGCCAGUCCCCGCAAAGUUACAGUGA